AUGGCAAAAGGUGGCAAGACCAAGAGCAAGGGCAAGGACAAGGGCAAGAGGAGUAGCUACUCCCAAAGUGGCUACGAGGACGCAGGAUCAUCGUACGAUUUCCAACGAUGCCGCACGAUAUCGUACGUGUCAGGUAUUUACCUGUGGACAAGUGAAAGUUAUCUACGUGGUCAUACGAUAGUCUACGACAUCGUCCGACGGCUGAUAGUGAAACGGGUGAGCUUAGCAAUUGCAUCAUUGAGACCGCAGUACAUAAAGAUGCCAAAUGAUGAAGAACCAGUCCAUAUAAAGAGACAAUUUCACAACAUGGCAGGAAUUCCAGGCAUUAUUGGGUGUAUAGAUGGAAUGCACAUUAGAGUCGCUUGCCCAUUAAAGGUUCAUAAUGCAGCCUCAUACAUGAAUCGCAAGGGCUACCAUUCUCUCAAUGUGCAAAUGGUGUGUGAUUCUUCCAUGAAGAUAACAAAUGUGGUCGCACGAUGGCCGGGAUCUAGUCAUGACAGUCGUAUCUUCCGCUCAAGCACUCUACGGGAUCAUCUUGAAGAUGGAACGAUCAGGGGGAUUCUAUUGAGGGACAAUGGAUACGCAUGCGAGAGAUACUUUUUGACGCCAGUUGUCAGAGCAGGUACUGAUUCAGAACGCCGCUAUAACACAUCACACCGGCGCACACGUAACAUCAUAGAACGUGUGUUUGGAUUACUGAAGAGAAGAUUCCCCUGCAUCGGUGUGGAUUCACGUUUACGAUGUCACAUUGAAACAAGUAAAGCUGUCAUCGUUGCGCUAUGUGUCCUUCACAAUAUUUCUCGUGACAAUGGAGAUGCAGACUUUCCAGGAAAUGAUGUCCAUGCCCUACGUCAACAUCAGAGAGCAGAAUAA